UUCUCGGCGUCUCUGCGUGAUGACGUCAUCACGUUCUUGUUUGCUAGUCGCGCGCGGGAGCAUUCGGUUUAGUUUUUUUUAAUCAAACAGUCGGAGUUCGAGGCAUAAACACGGCGGCCGGACCCCUGAAUGACAAAACAAUAACUUUCUAUAUAAUUAGAAACCACAGGUCAAACCCAUUUGUUUAAGCCCUAAAGUCAAAGUCGGCUCCCUCCUGUUCCCCUACCUGUGGACCAGGUGUUUCACACUCGGACCAUGGCCAUGAGGAGCGAGGCCAGGGUGGAGGCGGAGGCCGAGGAGGAGGAAAGCUUCGGGCCGCAGCCUCUGAGCAGACUGGAGCAAUGUGGGGUCAGUGCCAGCGACAUCAAGAAGCUGGGGGAAGCCGGCUUCCACACCAUCGAGGCCGUGGCCUACGCGCCCAAGAAGGAGCUGCUCAACAUCAAAGGCAUCAGCGAGGCCAAGGCCGACAAAGUUCUGGCUGAAGCGGCCAAACUUGUGCCGAUGGGCUUCACCACGGCUACGGAGUUCCACCAGAGGAGAGCCGAGAUCAUCCAGAUCUCCACGGGCUCCAAGGAGCUCGACAAACUUCUGCAGGGUGGCAUCGAGACCGGCUCCAUCACGGAGAUGUUUGGGGAGUUUCGGACGGGGAAGACCCAGCUGUGCCACACCCUCGCCGUCACCUGUCAGCUGCCCAUUGAUCAGGGGGGCGGAGAAGGUAAAGCCAUGUACAUCGACACGGAGGGAACCUUCCGACCGGAGAGACUCCUCGCUGUGGCUGAGAGGUACGGGCUGGUCGGCAGCGACGUUCUGGACAACGUGGCCUACGCCCGAGCCUUCAACACGGACCACCAGACCCAGCUGCUGUACCAAGCCUCCGCCAUGAUGGCCGAGUCCAGGUACGCCCUGCUGAUAGUGGACAGCGCCACCGCUCUGUACAGGACGGACUACUCGGGCCGAGGUGAGCUGUCGGCCCGCCAGGGACACCUGGGACGUUUCCUCCGCAUGCUGCUCCGGCUGGCGGACGAGUUUGGCGUUGCCGUGGUGAUUUCCAACCAGGUGGUGGCGCAGGUGGACGGGGCGGCCAUGUUUUCCGCGGAUCCCAAGAAACCGAUCGGGGGCAACAUCAUGGCUCACGCCUCCACCACGCGUCUGUACCUGAGGAAAGGCCGAGGAGAGACGAGGAUCUGUAAAAUCUACGACUCGCCCUGCCUGCCGGAGUCCGAAGCCAUGUUCGCCAUUAACGCCGAUGGAGUGGGCGACGCCAAGGACUGAAGCAGGAAGCAGGAAGCAAGGUGGUAGAUGUUACACCUGCUGACCGGACUGAAGGGGGGGUGUGUGUGUGUGUGUGUGUGUGUGUGUGAGUGUGUGCAGCCUUCACACAGAUGGACAGACCAAAGGUUGUAUGAUUUGGUUUGAGUGGAUAAGAAGCUCCGGGCUGCAGAUCCGGUCCUCUGGAGCAGCAAGGCGUGAAAAUAAUUUUGUAAAAACGAUGUUAAAUAGUUUGCGAGCUCUUUUUUUUUUUUUCUUCUUCUUCUUUCUUUCUCCCCGUUAGAUUCGUCUUCACGGCGUUUCUGUUGAACGCCGUUUAUUUAACUUUUCAACCUCUUUCCAGCUUCACCACUACUGGUUUGUCCCUUUUUUUGUCUUUACCAGCACCGUCUGUGUAUAUAUAUAUAUUUGUCUUACUAUUAAAUCGUCUCAUUUGUUCGCAUCGUUAAGAGUCUGCUUGUUAAAACACACGAGGCAUGAAUAAUUAAAAAAAAUAUUUUUUA